AUGGCACCCACUAUGCAUCCUAUAGUAUGCGCGGCUCCGCUCACCAAAGAGCUCAUGGAUCAUUUCAUCGUAACCAGUGGCUACGAAGAAGAAUGGUGGGAAUGUGUCUUCGUGGAUGACCUCACUAACUACUACGACGACAUCUCUUCACCACCAGUAGAAUCCGCCAGCAACCCUCACUCACCCUUCAUCAACAAGAGGCCGCAAAAAUGCCAUAACCUGCUACUUAAACUUCGCGAAGAGACAGAAUCAGAGAUCACGACCGAGUUUUUUAUGAUUAUGGAUCAGAGGUCGAUGAGAGAUGAUACUGUGUUACUUGUUAGCGUUACAGGAGACAGAGAUGAAGAAACGGGGGUGAGAGAGGCGCUUACGCUAAGGGCUAGUUUUGAAGUCUCGGCUAGAGAGUUGAUGUUGUAUUCGAUUGGGCAUUGGACUAUUGAAGAAGAUGUAGAACGUGUUUUGGGGCAAGAGGAUGAUGUUUAUCGCGGUUAA